AUGACUGUCUUUCGUGCCGCAAGCGCUAGGCUUGUGGCCGCAGUUAAUGCCGACGCCGCCACUAUGCCUGAUGAGGCGCUGUCGCUGAGGGCAGGCCUUCAGGCGCUGCAGGCGCUGACCGAGGACGCGCUGGCGUUGCUGGCGCACAGCCUACCAUCGUGCCCGCAGUCGGUCCGAGCCGGCUUGGAGGACAUUGCUACCGAGCUGGCGAGCGGCGCCUCGCGCGUACUGGCUCUCUGCCGCCAGUCAGCAGGUGGCGCGUCGCCUGCGGCCAUGCACUCGGUCGCUGUGGAGGCGCAAGUCAACGAUGUCAUCGAUGUCUUUGUCCGCAUUGCCCACGCGCUUAAGGCAUUUGUUGACCAGCCGGAGCUCUCUUCCACCCGCGCUGCAGUCCUUGGCGCUGCCAACGCGCUCCACGCCGCGGUUGACGCCUGCGAGCUCCUCAAUCCGGCUCCUAUCGCGCCGCUUCUUGUCCUGCACCCUUCGCGCCCGGCGUCGCGCGCUGCUGCCGCCGCCUGCGCCCCGCUCCAUGCCCGUCCUGCAAGCGUCCUCAUCGACGCGCUCGACGAGCUGGCGGCAGCAGUCAAGGCGUCGGGCGAGUGGCAGGCCGUCAACAUGGCGGCAUCACACUUUCUCGCUACCUACGCCGCACUCUCGACCGCGCACGUGGCGCAAUCCCACGAUCUGGUCUCGCCGGCCGUCAACGACGCGGUUGUGGCUGUUGCUGGCGCCGCCACCAAAAUCGCUACUACCCGCGACUGCGAGUCGUCCGACGCCAUUGUCGCCUUUCACUCUGCUUCUGCCCGCGUUCGCGGCCUCCUCCUCCCGCUGCCUGCACCGCAACCAACUCCAGUCGUCGUCGCGCAGCCUGGCGUCGAUGCUUUUGCCACGCCGCCUCCGCCUCCGUCCUCGCCUCCGUCCUCGCCUCCGUCCUCGCCUCCGUCCUCACGCCCGGCCUCGCCUCCGCCGGACGUCGCGCUCUCGCUCCCGCCGCGCCCGCUGACCCGGACCGCAGGCUGCCUCCCGCUCGCCCUCGAGAUCGAAGACCAGUUGGGCAACCUGCACCAGGUCUCUCAUCCCGAGCGGCGGAAAGAGACGCUCGCCCAAGCACUCCGCCUCCAGUAUAGCGUGCUCGAGCUGGUGGCGCAAGUCGGAGCCGCCCACCACGUUGCACCUAGGUCGGUCAUGGCACCAACACCGCAGCCGAGCUUGCAAGCCCACACCGCACGGACUGAACUCUACACUGCCGCCCUCGUCGCCGCCGACGCGGUCAAGAACGCCAUCGCUGCCUGUGUCUCGGGCUCAGUCCACUUUCCGCGCUCGCGCAAGCUCGCCAACGCUGCGCUCGAGGAGCUCAAGGGCGCCAUGGCCCAACCGGUGGCGGUCGAGCCCGAGCCGGUUCACCCAAGCGCUCUCGACCGUCUCGCAGUCUCGCCGUCGCUCGAGGCGUGCCAGAUCACCUCGCGCGGCUCCAAAGCCGCCGAUGCCCGCCAGCUCGCCACCACAUGCAAGAACAUGGUGGCUGCGCUCGCCGCCGGCGAAACGGACGAGCUCUUCUCGGCGCUCACCCGCGACGUCAACGCCGCCAUCUCGCAGCUUCUCUCGUCGAUGAGCAAUCCACUGGGCCUCAGCUCGGCGCCAGGGCCGCGCGUCCACGGCGUCAAGCGCGAGCGCAGGCUCUCCGCACUCUCCUCGGACGACAUCCCAGGCUCGUUUCUAGUCAUGGACGCCACCGACGCCGCUGGCCGCCUCGUCUCGCACGCCGAGGCCGCGCAUCGCGCCGGCGUCGGCACCACCCCCGACGGCGACGCCCUCUUGGGGCCGGUUCUCGACGCCAUCAGCGCUGUCGAGUCCCACUUCAACAGGCUACAAUAGCAAUAGGCAAUACCAUCAUCUG